AAUCCAUCUUCUCUUCUCUGAUCUCUCUUUUGCGGUAUCCGUACUAUUUUGUUGAAGUUUGGUCUUCUUUGUUUCUGCUGCUUUCCCACUUCAAUGUCUGAUAUUUUAGAAAAUGAAUCCAAAAGCCAAUCAAAUUGUAGCCAAAAACUUCAGCAAGAGCAGAGUCUGUCAACCCAAGAAUCAAACAAUGCUGGUCCACCAGUGUCAAUCUGCAGUACACCGCUCACAGGAAACCCAUACUUCACCUCCGUUGUUGUAAAAUCUCAAGUAGAGGCGCCAUAUCAACUGGUAGUACCAGCAUGGUUUCGGAAAUCUCUACCAAAAGCUACAAUUCAAGCAUACCUUGUACAUAAAGGAAAGACGUGGGAGAUGAAAUACUAUGGAGAAAGCAGACUUAAGAGGCUUGGUUGUGGAUGGAAGAAAUUUGCGCUUGAAAACAAUUUAAAAGUAGGAGAUGGGUGUGUUUUUGAGCUUAUGGAUGAUGACAAGGAAUUGAGGCUUGGAGUUCAAAUUCUUAACGGUCAAAUUCCUGUAGAGUUCAUCAGACUGGGAAGCGCUGAAAAGCCUAUCAUUAUUGACUGAAGGUUAAUCUUCUUCAACCACUUCACUGUAAUAUAUGUAUGAUACUGUAUUAAAUGUAUGAUGAUGCUGAAGGAUUCUGUUGCUUAUUAUGGAGGUGUUUCUGCAAGUAUGUUUGA